AUGGCACAGGUGAGAGGGAUCAAUGGAACUACCCAAGAGGCCCCCAAUCACACUCAGGCCAGCUCUGUCAUGGGACAUUUGCUGAAGGUCCCCAUGGAGAGGACCAACACUAACUCCUCCAGGGCCCUGAAGAUUCCUGAGGGGACCAGCGCUGCCUGGUACAUCCUCACCAUCUUUGGCAUCUAUGGCGUGAUCUUCCUCUUCCGUUUGGCCAGCAACAUCCUCAGGAAGAACGACAAGUCCUUGGAAGAGGUGUAUUAUUCAAAUUUGACCUCUGAACUGAAAAAGAAAGGACUCCAGGACAAUGUUGUCAAAUGCUCCCCGCUGACCAUAAGCAACAGAGCUGUUCUGCAAACUGCCCAGACCAGCCUGGGAACUUUGCAUGGAAAUAGCAGCACUCACAACACUGAACUCUCAGGGAUCCCUUGA